CCCGUAAUCUGUUAUAAACAAGCCUAAUCUUGUUGAAAAAUGUGAACAACGUAGCUAAUUGAAUUUAAUAUAUUUUACGACAAAUAAUGUGUUUACUCAAUGUUCUUCCGUCGAGUACGCGAUGAUGUAGGCAUUUAAUGUUUCAGCUUUUUUUUUUCUUUCAUGAAAGCGAAAGAGUGAUGCUGGUGAAGAAAGUCAUAAGGGACUGGAGCAACAUGACGGAAUCUGCCAUCAUGGUAUUGCAGUUACCAGCCAGUGUGCUAAAGUGAACUGGAUUUUCCCUCCGGUUUAAGCCCCACCCCUCCCCUGGGGGCCACACCCCCCUCCAUCCCACCGGAGGACCAGCAAUCAUGGCAGGAAUCAAGCGCGGGUACGACGGAAAGAUCGCUGGACUGUACGACCUGGACAAGACGCUCGGCCGUGGCCAUUUUGCCGUGGUCAAACUAGCGCGUCAUGUCUUCACCGGCGAAAAAGUGGCAGUCAAGGUAAUUGACAAGACCAAGCUUGACACGGUCGCGACCGGCCACCUCUUCCAGGAGGUCCGCUGUAUGAAACUGGUCCAGCACCCCAACAUCGUUCGGCUCUAUGAGGUCAUCGACACACAGACCAAGCUCUACCUGAUCUUGGAGCUCGGCGAUGGUGGUGACAUGUUCGAUUACAUCAUGAAGCACGAGGAAGGAUUGAACGAGGAGCUGGCAAAGAAAUAUUUCGCCCAGAUCGUGCACGCCAUCUCGUACUGUCACCGGUUGCAUGUGGUUCACCGUGACCUGAAGCCUGAGAAUGUGGUGUUCUUUGAGAAACAAGGCCUGGUCAAGCUCACCGACUUUGGCUUCAGUAAUAAGUUUCAGCCGGGAAAGAAGCUGACCACCAGCUGUGGCUCGCUGGCUUAUUCUGCCCCUGAGAUCCUGCUGGGAGAUGAGUAUGAUGCACCUGCUGUGGAUAUCUGGAGUUUAGGGGUCAUCCUCUUCAUGCUAGUGUGUGGUCAGCCCCCCUUCCAGGAGGCCAAUGACAGCGAGACCCUCACUAUGAUCAUGGACUGCAAAUACACUGUACCUGCCCACGUCUCCAACGCCUGCAAAGACUUGAUAAACCGAAUGCUUCAAAGGGAUCCGAAGAGGCGAGCAUCGCUGGAGGAGAUCGAGAGCCACGCAUGGCUUCAAGGGGUGGACCCAUCUCCAGCUACCAAAUACAACACCCCACUGGUGUCUCACAAAAAUCUGUCAGAAGAGGAACACAACAGCAUCAUCCAACGCAUGGUGCUGGGAGACAUUGCCGAUAGAGAAGCCAUCAUCGAAGCCCUGGAGACAAACAAGUACAACCACAUCACUGCUACUUACUUCUUGUUGGCUGAACGGAUUUUGAGGGAAAAGCAGGAGAAGGAGGUGCAACCUCGUUCUUCCAGUCCCAGUAACAUCAAGACCCACUUCAGGCAGUCAUGGCCAACUAAAUUCGACAUGCAUCAGGACAUCGAGGACAGCUUAGCCUCUUCGUCCAUCUCUCAUGCUGGGGGUCCACAGUCUCCGGCUCGUAGUACAGAGAACCUGCUAAACGGUCACCGCAAUAAAGGACUUCUGGAAGUGAGCCGUAGAGAGGAGAUCAGCGAAGCCUCCAGCAGCUCUGCUGUACCUACUGCUCUGCCCCCAAACCCCCUUAAGUCUGGGGUCAUGGCCCCUCUUGCAUCCGCUUCAGCCAAGCAACGAAUUUGCCUCUUUCGGGUGGAGGAAGAUGAGGAGGAAGAGGAAGAACAGGAGCCUUCACCGUUGCCAACCCAGGUGGUAUUGCGGCGCAAACCACUGUCAAUCACCAACCGACUUACGUCUCGAAAAAGUGCCCCAGUGCUCAAACAGAUCUUCGAAGAGGAAGGCGAGUCAGAUGAUGACUUUGACAUGGAUGAGAGUCUUCCGCCCAAGCUCAGCCGGUUGAAGAUGAACAUGGCAUCUCCCGGUACGGCCCAGAAGCGUUACCACCGCCGCAAAAGUCAGGGCCGUGGUUCAAGCUGCUCUAGCUCAGAGACCAGCGAUGAUGAUUCAGAGAGCCAUCGCCGACGACUAGACAAAGACACAGGGUUCACCUACAGCUGGAACCGCAGAGACAGUAGUGAGGGUCCACCUGGAAACUCUGGGGGUAAUGGGGGCGGUAGUAGCGGAGGGCAAAGCAAACCACCUGGGGAAGGUAACUCAGGACCAGACAAGGGUAGCCCUCCAGGAGGAGGAAAUGGUGGUAGUACAGGAGGAAGCAGUGGAGGUGGUGGUAGUACAAAAGGACAGGGAGGUCCUUCCAGCUGUUCGCGUAGCAACAGCAAUGCUUCAUCUGGCUCAACACGUAGUGCAGCUCGGAGUGCAGGGGAACUGGUUGAGAGUCUAAAACUCAUGAGUCUUUGCUUGAGUUCUCAGUUUCAGCAUCGCAGCUCUGGAGGUGGUGGUGGUGGACGGUUUAUCCUUGAUCCUCAGAGCCUGUCCAGCGUUAAAGUCCAGGAGAAGUCAUCCUGGAAGAUGUGCAUUGGCUCCAACAACAGUCUGGACAAAGUGAUAAACCCUGCCUUGAAUGGUGGCGUUGGGGCAAUGGAGCAUUAUCAAGACCAAACGGCAGUCAUGUUAAAUGAACUUGGCCUGGUCAAGGAGAACAAUCUGAACCUGAAAAAUAAUGUUCUCCAGCUACCUCUGUGUGAAAAGACCAUCUCCGUGAACAUCCAGCGAAGCCCCAGGGAUGGGCUACUCUGUGCCUCAGCCCAGGCCAGCUGCUGUCAGGUCAUAUGAUGGCACAGCAGACGGCUGGUUCUCAGAGUGGAUUGUUCCAAUUGCCACAUUUGUAGCAUAUGAUGACUUGAGUUCUCCACUAGUAGCUGUAUAUGACCUCUCUUGAUCCCAACUUGACCUUUAAACCUGCCUUCUAUGUUGUCUUAAUCAUUCUCACAACUUAUUUAUUAAGUUUCUCCUCUUGGACCCAUUUGUUUUUAAUGAAGUGCACGCUGCUAUCCUUUCCUUUUUUGUGUCUUUAUUUGUUUUGCCCAGUUAGACUUUAAUAGAAUUCAAUCUUUGUUUUUAAGUCCUUUUUAUUUUGCUUUUAAUUCCAUGGUUCCAACACCACCCAAUCAAUCAAUCAAGAGUUGUGGAAACUGUGUAUAAAUAAAAUGACCUUUAAUAAAGUGAGAUAUUUAAAUUAAGACCAACAGUAUGAUAGAACAGAAUGUGGCAAUUCAUUAAACAAGCACUUAAAGAAGCUCAACCUAUAAAAAAACACAAUUGGUUUUGUAAAUUUAAGCCCCAAUAUGAUUGUAAUGAGAUGGUAAAACAGUAAAAGCAAUAGUGAAAGUAAAUAACAAACCCUGUUUUAAUUCAUAGUGCUGUCUGACGAGUCUUAAACUGAAUGACCAUUUUGCACGUUUUUUUUUUUUUUUUUGUUGUUGUUUUUGUUUUUUUCUCCCCGACCAAUUUUAUAGUGCUAUUGACUGUUUCCUUGUCACCGUUUAGUAUAGCUACAUUUUUGAGGUUAGUGACAAUCAGCUGCAAUAACAAGGGACAUUCUUAAUGGAUAAUUCCCUAAAGGGGGCUACGGAUAAUCCACAUGACUUUGUUUGAAUUACAUUGACACAUUCACCAUGUUCUUGAUUUAUGUUACACCACAUACGUUUUUUUUUUUUUUUUUUUUUUUUUUUCUUCUUCUUCUUUUGUGUAUAUGUGAGGGAUCAUUUGGGAUUUAAGUGCAAUUUAUAUGUUCAAGCUGGUAAAUAUUGAAAUUCCAUCUGCAAAAUGCCCUCUUAACUAAUAAUGUUUGCCAAAUUUGCAUCCCAGACAGCACUGUGGAUACACCCACACAUUAAUGUGUUCAUCCUAGUUUUUAUCAAAUUAUACAAUUAAAAUUGCACUACGGUAUAAGUAGAGUCUACAAUUAGGAUACUUUGAACACCAUACAAAUCACAGUGGGGAUAAUUAGCCUUUACAAUGCUGUUUCUGCCAGAGCGAAAUCAAACCCACAGACAGCGACAGUAUUCAGCUUGUGUUGUACUGAAUAUUUUAAUGAGAACUGUUGAGCCAGUACCCCUCAUUUUCAAUGUCAUUAUUACAGGACGAAAUUUGAAUGGAGAAAUGAUUUUAUCAUUAAGGACUCUUCUUUGGCUUAAGAAAUCAUUUUCGGUUGCAGAUCCUGAUCUCUUUCUACCCUGUUGUUCUUGUACCAAUCAGCUUUGAGUUACUGUAUAUACCAGUCUCAGAAUUGACUGGCCUUAGGGGCUGUUUAUAAGUAUGUACAUAUAUUUUUUUUUAAAGUUUAUUUUUUUGAAAGGACUGCUGUUUUAAAAUGCUGUUUUGGAUGUGAGCCUUAAACUGGCUUAUAGUUGGGAUAAAACGGGGCUUAUUUUGUCACCUGGCCACCUGAUAACAUAAAUAAUUAAAUGGUAUGUCAUCUAUUCAGUGAAUGGCCACUCUUUCAGGAAAUAUGGCUCAAGAGUUGGCCAUUGGCUGACCAUCAUAUGGCAUAGAAAUAAAUCAAAGCUCUACAGGACUGUGAGUAUGAAAGAGAAAUGGUUGCGAGAUUUAAAGGGCAUUUGCAAUAAGCUAAGCUAUAAGUUGCAGCUAUAUGUAAAUAUAAUUUUGUUUUGAUUUUAUAUUUCAAACCUGUACAUCCUUCAAAUGGCUCACUUGACCCAAAUUUAUCUUAAGUAUUUCUGUUCGUUUUGUCUUUGUUUUAAAAAAUAAAGUCUGUAAAUAUUGGUGUAUAUAUGGUGCUCUACAUUUAGAAAUGCAGUGUUGGACUUUUUGUUCAUAGCUGUAAUAUAGCCUUAUUAGAUAUGAGUGUCAAAAACAGAGCAAGGGAGGUUGAAAAGAAAACCAUGCUAUAUGCAUAAUGUCAGUCUCUGACUUUGUCCUACCCUUAUGUAAACAGCUAAACGACAUGUGCAUGUGUUGUGCGUUUGACAUUAUUGAUCCCCGUUCAUUCAGAGGAAAAGAACCACAAAAUGUUACAGGACCAAACCAUGUACUGACAUUAAAAAAAAAGAAAAAAAAACAUCUUUGAAGAAGCAAAAUGAAUAAAUGUUCUGUUGCUGAAACUUGUCCUUAAAAGUUACAUAUAGCUAUGGUGAUGUCCAAAUUAAAUGUGAAAUAUGUUGUCUUUAAACCUGGA